AUGUCACUUGAGCAACAAGAAAUUAAACUUCACAAUGGGAAACGUGUAUUCACAACAUUGAGCAAUCUUUCACAAACAGCAAUUGUGGGUCAGAAAUUUAACCGUGUGAUUUUUCUUUUUCAUGGGUUCCCCGAUGUCAAUACUACAUUCAAUAAAAUCUGGCCCCUUUUGAUUGACCACUACAACUCCCUCAAUGAACCUGUUUUGAUAUUAGCUCCAAAGCUUAGGGGAUACGAAAAGUCUAGCAUUGGCCCUGAAGGAGAAUACAUGUUGCCUUACUUGGCUGAUGAUGUGAAAGCAUGGAUCCAUGAAGUUAAUCCAGAGCUCAACAAACCUGUAAACAUAGUUGGCCAUGACUGGGGUGCAAUUCUAGGCUUCAAGUUUGCCAACAUGUAUCCUGACCUUGUGACUUCGAUGGUUUGUAUGGCAAUUCCAUAUUUGGCAAAUGUCAAUCCAUUGGAGUUGGUAUGGUAUGCACCAGAACAAUUGUACUUGUCAACAUAUUUCUUCACCAUGCAAUAUGCCUAUUUCUACAAGGACAAGUUGACCCAAGAUAAUGAAUAUUUGACCAAAUUGUGGCAAUAUUGGUCACCCGGUUACAAAGCAACUCAAGCAGAGAUUAACGAGAUACGUGAGGCUUUUGCUAAAGAUGGCGUUGUUGAUGCAGUUACAGCCUAUUACCGCCACCUCUUUCGACCAUUUUCCCUCAAAAAAUCGAGAUGGCCAGUCGACUUCACAAAAGUGCCUACUUUGGUACUAAUGGGCGAAGAUGAUGGAUGUAUGUCUAAAAGACUCGCUUACUUGGAAGAAAGAAAAUUAAAACAAUAUGGUGAAAAAGCUAAAGUCAAGUUGUUACCACAAGCUGGUCACUUUUUGCAAAGAGAACAACCUAAAAUCGUUGCUGAUCUGGUUGUUGAAUUUCUAGACCAAUGGAGCAAAUAA